AUGCAGACCCUUUUGAGAGGUAGAGAGGGCGAGGCUUUCACCUGGAGGCUGACUUCUCUUCUCCAUCAAUUUGCUCGUUAUGGAUCCAUUUUCUAUCACGGCGGCCUGCGUAUCCCUGCUAGAUACCGUCCUGAGCGCCUCUUCUGCCACUGUCACAUUCAUCCGAGAAUGCCGUGAGGCGCGAGGUGAAGUUCAGGCUGUGUCGGGCGAGCUACACGUUCUCAGCACUGUCCUUGAUGUUCUCAGAGACGAAAAGCUGCCAGCUACACUGGAGUCAAGCAUCCAUUCCAUUCUCAAAGACUGCAAUGUCAUCGUCUCAGACAUCGUCAAGCUGCUUAAGAAGCAUAGUGGCGUAUCCCGUGCGGACCGCGCAGCUCGCUGGGCGCUGAACGGACGCGGCGAGGUGAACAAGCUGCGGUCUACGCUUGAGGCGCAUCGCAGUGCGUUGAACCUCGCGCUAGAGGUGGCGGCCAUCUCUAUGUUGAGAGAUACCAGAGCUGAUGUGCAGGAGGGAAACGAUGGAAAUCGCCUGGCGCAUCCGCUACACAGCAUGACACACGUCAAAUUCUCACCGAGAUCGAGAGACUUCGCAAACUGCUGGUCGCCACGCACGGGAGUGACCAGCAAGCUCCUCGAGAUGCCAACGGAUCAUCAGCAACCCCAACACAGACGAACUUUGUGCUCGAGCGCUACCUGGAUUCGCUAACGAAUUAUGCGUCACCGGAAUACAGUUUUGAGCCUGGCCAUUCUUCUCCGUCACCUGCUGAAACCAUAACGGAAGAGCCACACGCGGAUGGUGACGCACCAACUACUCCGGACAGUGGUGAAUGCAGUGACACUCCACCCUUCGAUGCCUCUAAGUCCGAUAGUACCCCUUCCCUCCCAGUCGAUG